GAAGGUUUAAAUAGUCAAGCUCUUCCGACGUGGUACACUCAGCUGGAUCUACUGCCACUGAACUUCCUCCGUGAAUUGUUGUGUUGAGUCGCCAUUGACCAGUCACGUCAAUAGGAAGCCUUUCGCUUGCUGUUGAUAGGUCGCGUAGUUCUUGAUUGAGCCCGCUUCUUUCCCGUGUCACCAGCUUCACCUCCAGUCGACUCCUCCACCGAUAUUUAUCGCAGUCCCGUGUCGGUCGAUCUCCAUCUUUUUUUUUCUCCUCCACCUUUAAUCCGCCUCAACGCGUGCGCGUAUUGCUAGAAACAUGUCCAACAUGGCUUCAAAUAACGCCGAGAGAGAUCAAGAGAAUGGCCUCGCCAUUAACAAGACCACCGAUCAAACCAUCACUCCCUCUCCAUCAAAAUCCGACCUUCCCAUCUACAUUGACAACAAGAACACCGCAGCCUAUUCCGUUGAUGCCAAAGAUGUCAGCACCAGUAGUGAGAAGGAUAUCAAGCGAACCUCUUCAAUUGAAGAGGAGCCAGCAGUCAAGAAGCCAUCCAAGAUCCGACAGCUCUACAAGCGAUUCCGCAUCUUCAUCCACCUCGCUGCAUGGCUCCUUAUCACUGCGUUCGUAUUCCUAUUUCCCAGAUCAAUUGAUAAAGCAGACAGCUAACAAUGUCUAUAGUUGGUGGAUCGUUGGUCUUGUCCUCCACCGCAAAGAUAUCGGCUGGUUGAAACCAUUCCUUGUCUACCUCGCCAUCACCAUCCGACUCAUCACUCUUCACAUCUCAGUCAAAUAUGUCACCAAACCUUUCGGUAUGAUCAUUGACUAUGGUGUCAAGAAACCUGUUUCAAUGAUUCCUGAGAAGCUUCAAGUACCCCUUGGAGCACUUGGUGCAAUUGGUGUCAUUCUGCUAGGUACCUUUGUUACAGAGGAGAGCACUGAUAACACCCGCGCAAACAGAGGUGUCAGUCUAUUUGGCUUGGUAGUCUUCCUUUUCUGCUUUUACAUCACUUCAAACAACCGCAAGAUGAUCAAAUGGAAGACUGUCAUUGUUGGCAUGCUUGCUCAAUUCAUCCUGGCUUUGUUUGUGCUUCGUACCACAGCAGGUUAUGAUAUCUUCAACUUCAUCGCGUAUCUUGCUGCAACUGGUCUUGGCUUUGCUGGUGACGGAACUCUAUUCCUUACUGGUCAAGCUGCUCUGGAUAGCCAUUGGUUCGUCGUUACCGUUAUCCCGCCAAUCAUUUUCUUCGUGGCUUUGGUCCAACUCUUAUACUACUGGGGCUUGCUACAAUGGGGAAUCAAGAAGAUCGCAUUUCUCUUCUUCCACCUCAUGGGAGUUUCUGGAGCUGAGGCAGUCGUCGCCGCAGCAUCUCCAUUCGUUGGUCAAGGAGAAUCAGCUAUGUUGAUCAAGCCCUUCAUUCCUCAUCUCACUGAUGCUGAAUUACACCAAGUCAUGACUUCUGGUUUUGCUACCAUUGCUGGUUCCGUUUUGGCCGCCUAUAUCGCUAUGGGUAUCAGUCCUUUGGCAUUGGUCUCCUCUUGUGUCAUGAGUAUUCCUGCAUCUCUCGCCAUUUCCAAGCUUCGAUGGCCCGAAACUGAAGAGUCUAUCACUGCUGGAAAGAUCGUUAUCCCCAAGGAUGAAAGCGAGGAGAAACCAUCCAACAGCCUUCACGCAUUUGCCAAUGGUGGUUGGUUGGGUAUCAAGAUCGGUGGUAUGAUCAUCGCCAGUUUACUUUGUAUUCUUGCUCUCCUGGGAUUGUGUGACGCUCUUUUGGGAUGGUUCGCACGCUACCUCAGCAUCCGCCAAUUGACCAUUCAGAAGCUCAUCGGAUGGAUCUUCUACCCAGUCGCUUGGCUCCUUGGUGUACAAAAGCAGGAUGUCCUCGCUGUUGGUCAAUUAAUUGGUAUCAAGAUCGUCGCCAACGAAUUCGUCGCUGUAAGUCUUUCUUCAUCUAUAAUCCACCCCUCACUUCAAAAUACUCACAUAUUCUAGUUCAACACCCUCUCCACCGACGCAGCAUACCUCGCCCUCUCCAACCGUUCCCGUCUCAUCGCCACCUACGCCGUCUGCGGAUUCGGCAACAUCUCCUCGGUCGGUAUCCAAAUCGGAGUCCUCUCCCAACUCGCCCCCAACCGAGCUGGUCGUAUCGCCUCGGUUGCUUUCUCAGCUCUUGUCUCCGGUGUCAUUGCGACGCUCACCUCAGCCAGUAUCGCGGGCAUGUUGAUUUCCGACUCGGCGGGCUUCAUCCAGGUCAAUCCUGGCCAAGCUGCUUAAAACAAAUCCAAAAAAAAAAAGAAAUCAGCGCUAAGGAAAUGACCUUUCUUUUUGCGUUGGUUGUUGUGCCUUUUUAAUAUGGGGGAGUUUAAUAUCCUUGAAUGUGACACCAUGUCUACCCCGCUCUUUUUCGGUCGGUAGAUAUACACUGGAAAAUGGGAUAUGUAAUGUUGCGCUUGGAGGUAGUGGUGGGGGGAUGGAGAAAUGAAUGGAUGGAUGGAUGUUUCCCCAGUUUACGAUACCCGAUGCCGCCUUUGCUUGGCAGGAUGAUAGUCCAUAAUGAUACGAAUAGAUAAUUUUCAAAUGCUG